AUGAUUGAGGCAUUGGGGAAGGAGAAAGUUCAGAGUGGGGAUGUUAUUGCUAUUGAUAAGACCUCUGGGAAAAUCACCAAGCUUGGAAGGUCAUUCUCGAGGUCAAGAGAUUACGAUGCAAUGGGGCCGCAGACCAAGUUCGUGCAGUGUCCUGAUGGGGAGCUGCAGAAGAGAAAGGAAGUAGUGCAUUGUGUGACACUUCACGAGAUUGACGUUAUCAACAGCAGAACACAAGGAUUUCUUGCACUCUUUACUGGCGAUACUGGUGAAAUUCGAGCAGAAGUUAGGGAACAAAUUGACACAAAGGUUACUGAGUGGAGGGAAGAAGGGAAAGCAGAAAUUGUGCCAGUGAGGUAUCAGUGGUCGAGGGAGAUGAAGAUGAAGCCAAUGCCAUGGUUUCUUAAAGAUUUCCCUGGACACGAAUUGGAUCUUGUUCUAUGCAUUCUACUUUACGGCUGGUUUAAAGCCUAG